AUUGAUUUUAUUUUGUUUCCUGUUGUAGCAUAUAAAAUGCUUCCAUCUUCUUGUUGUUGGCAGUGAGAAGAAAAAUGGGAGGAAGAAUGCACACGAAAUCAGACUCGGAGGUUACGAGCAACAGCAUGGAGCAGUCGUCACCGUCGCGUUCCCCUCCGCGGCGGCCACUCUACUACGUGCAGAGCCCUUCGAACCACGACGUGGAGAAAAUGUCGUACGGUUCAAGCCCCAUGGGUUCCCCACACCACCAUUUCCACUACUACCUCUCUUCCCCCAUCCACCACUCCCGCGAAUCCUCCACCUCUCGCUUCUCCGCUUCCCUCAAAAACCCUCGCAGCAACUUCUCCUCCUCCUCCUCCUGGAAGAAGCUCCACCCACACCCCAACCCCGACGCCGGCCUCGACGACGACGACGACGACGACGACGGCGACGACGACCUCAACCACUUCCCCCGCAACCUCCGCCUCUACUUCUGCUUCUUCCUCCUCUUUCUUCUCUUUUUCACCCUCUUCUCUUUGAUCCUAUGGGGCACCAGCAAGAGCUACAAGCCUCGAAUCAUUGUCAAGAGUAUAGUGUUCGAGAACUUGAAUGUUCAGUCAGGAAACGAUGGAACUGGGGUACCCACUGAUAUGUUGUCGUUGAACUCAACGGUCAGAAUUUUGUAUAGAAACCCAGCCACUUUCUUCGGCGUUCAUGUCACUUCUACCCCUCUUCACCUUAGCUAUUACCAGCUUGCAAUUGCCUCUGGCCAGAUGCAGAAGUUCUAUCAAUCGAGGAAGAGUCAGCGGAAGUUGGCGGUAGUGGUGCUAGGACACCAGAUUCCUCUCUAUGGAGGAGUGUCAGUUCUUGGAAAUACUAAAGAGCACUUGGAGAACGUUGCAUUGCCACUAAAACUGACAUUUGUAGUGAGAUCAAGGGCUUUCAUCUUGGGAAGAUUAGUUAAGUCUAAAUUCUAUCGAAGAAUCACAUGUUCUGUCACUUUGCAUGGCAACAAACUUGGAAAACAUCUUAAUUUGACGGAUUCAUGUGUCUACAAGUGAUAUAUAUUAUUCCCUCAAUCCUUAAAAUGGUUCGGACAUGCUAUCACUUUAUCACUUGUGAAGAUAGCUGGUACAUUUUUGGCUCGUUUUUCUUAGUUUUUUAUUGCCCAUCAUCUAGCAGAACGAACUUGUCCUUUUGUCUCCGUAAAUAUCUGAACGCCAAUUUUAAUGUAAUAUGUGUUCAUUUUGAUUCCUUUUCUCUUGCUGGUCCUGCUCAUACGCAAUUCUAGCUGCUAUGACCAUGUACUGCCAAUUUCAUCCAGCCUAGUAUCUCGUACAGUUCUGUUUAAAUCUAAGCCCAUCAAAUAAUGGGUGGCCAUACGGGAUAUAUGUUACAUGGUUUGCCAUUUAAAAUAAGCAAACAGGAUAAAAGAAAAAAAAAAUAGGAAUUGCGUUCACUAGAGUAAUGAUUUUAUUUUGCAUAUGAUAGCUCAUAAUGCAUAACAAGUUUUGUAUUUUCUUUGGCUUGUAAAUUGUAGUUUGUUUUACUGCCAGCUGAUAUAGAAUCCAUGUUUGUCU